AAACUUCUGUAAUUUCAACUCUUUCUCCAAUUAAUACUUCUCCUCGUUCUUCAAUCUUUCAAUCUUUCUCUCCUCGUACGUCUGUCCCUUCUUCUCCCAUUGGUCACCAAAGAAUGAGUAGUUCUGAAACAACUUACUCUUCUUAUCGUGACUCUGGUUAUUUCAGAGAUACUUUGACAAGAGAACAUAUGAGUGCUCAGAGAACUAUUAAAGAAUUAGAAAAGAAAGUUGCUGACCUUACUAGUGAAAUUGAACGUUCAAAAAGUGAACAUCAAGAAUCAAUCGAUUUAAAUAGAACUCAUGUUAGAAGAAUUAAACAGUUGGAAACUGAAUUGUCGCAGGUUAAAAUUGUUAAUAAAACCAUGUUGGAAGAUAAUAAAAAACAUCAAUCUAUGUUGAAUGAUAAGGAUGCCGAG